GUGUAUCUAUCGUCGUUGGGCAUGUUCGUCUAUAUAUAAGUCAACCCCUCUUCGCUCUUGUACCAAAUCAUUUUACUAUAACGACUACUGAAACCUAAAGUCUGACACAUGGAGGAAAUCAAAGAGGGAGAGAUGAACACAGCUCUGGUGUACCUUAUCAUCAUCAUCAUCAUCAUCAUCAUCUUCUCCUCUCUACUGUUAAUCAAAAAGCUUGUUAAAACACACAGAGGCCAUGCAGUAGCCAAGCUUCCUCCAGGCUCAAUGGGAUGGCCUUAUCUUGGAGAAACCCUUCAACUCUACUCUCAGCACCCAAAUCUCUUCUUUACCACCAAACAUAAAAGGUAUGGGGAGAUUUUCAAGACAAACAUUCUGGGUUACCCUUGUGUGAUGCUGGGUAGUCCAGACGCAGCUCGAUUUGUGUUGGUGACUCAUGCUCACUUGUUCAAGCCAACGUACCCGAAGAGCAAAGAGCGGCUCAUUGGUCCUUCAGCUUUGUUUUUUCACCAGGGACAUUACCAUAUGCGCCUUAGAAAAUUGAUUCAUUCAUCUUUUUCCCUCCACCAUAUCAAAAACUUCGUUCCAACCAUUGAUGCUCUUGCAGUUUCGAUUCUUCAUUCAUGGGAUGCUGCUCCUAUCAUCAACACUUUCCAUGAAAUGAAAAAGUUCUCUUUUGAAGUAGGGAUAGCAGCAAUUUUUGGACAUUUAGAUAUUGGUUACAGAGAAGAGCUGAAGAAAAAUUAUCGUAUAUUGGAUAAAGGUUACAACUGCUUUCCUACAAAUAUUCCAGGAACUCCCUUCAAAAGGGCAUUAAUGGCAAGGAAGAGAUUAAACAAGAUUCUGAGUGAGAUUAUCAAGGAGAGGAAGGAGAAGAGGUUGGUAGAAAAAGAUGUUUUGCGGUGUCUUGUAAACUACAAAGAUGAGAAAGGAGAGGUUUUAAGUGAUGAUCAGAUUGCAGAUAACAUUAUUGGAGUCCUUUUCGCAGCUAAGGACACUACAGCAAGUGUCAUGACAUGGAUUGUCAAGUACCUCCAUGAUAACCCUCAACUUCUAGAAGCUGUUAAGGCCGAGCAGUUGGCGAUUCGAAGAUUCAAUGACGAACAUAAUGAGCCCUUGAGUUGGUCACAAACUAGGAACAUGCCAAUCACUCACAAGGUUGUAUUGGAGACUUUGAGAAUAGCUAGUAUCAUAUCCUUCACUUUCAGAGAAGCAGUGACUGAUGUAGAAUACAAAGGGUACUUAAUUCCAAAAGGGUGGAAGGUGAUGCCUAUAUUCAGAAACAUUCAUCAUAAUCCAGAUUUUUUUCCAGACCCUGAAAAAUUUGACCCCUGGAGAUUUGAGGUCGCACCAAAACCCUAUACAUUCAUGCCAUUUGGGAGUGGAGUUCAUUCUUGUCCAGGAAAUGAACUUGCCAAGCUGGAGAUGCUUAUAAUAACCCAUCACUUGGUUUCCAACUUCAGGUGGAAACUUAUAGGAUCUGAAGGUGGGAUUCAGUAUGGCCCAUUUCCAGUCCCUCUUCAUGGUCUCCCAGCCAGAUUUUGGAAAGAAUCCACAACUCCAAGCUAAAAGGCAGUUUGGGUCGGCGUGAUAGAUGCCGAGCAUCCCCUUAACAAGUUUAAUCUGCCAUUGAUCACUUACCAUUAUUGUUUUUAUUAGCUUUAUCACUGUCAAUUUCUUAAGUGUAGCCCAUCCCCUUCAAAAAGUUGUGGGGGAUGAUCAGAUGCUGCAUUUUCCACCCUUUCUAAUUUUUCUCCUUCAACCCUUCCCUAUCUCACCUUUGCAACCAGAGGUUCUUGUACUAUUUAAAUAUCAUAUGAUUGAAUAUAUAUAUAUAUAUAUAUAUAUAUAUAUAUGGGAGCAACCCAUAAGAUAAACCAACAUGUCUUCUUUUAUGUGUUGUUGCAAAACAUCAAGGGCAAGCAAAAUGAAAUUGAGUAACAUCUCCUUAUGAAUGUGAGUUAUCAA